AUGAAAAAAAGGCAAGCAAAUGUCUAUGACGCAGUUUCUGACAAGCUCUUUGAUCCUCAUAAGUAUACGAAACCAUUGAAUAGCUCAGAAUUUCCUCGUCUAAAAAAACAACGUCCUCGUGGUCCUGAUGAACAUUUGAAAAUUGUUUCAGCAGAUCCAGAGGUGCAACUCCCAAAUUCAGAUCUUCUUCAAUCAUUAUAUCAUUAUAUUUCCGUUUAUUGUACAAAACAUCAUUUUUUAUCACUUUUUGAAAGCCUAGAUGAAACAGCAUUACUAGCAUUUGGAUUUUUGAUAGAGAAAACAGUGGAAACACUUUUAGGGGAUGGAGAGAAUAUGUUUAUUGAAAAAAAAAAAGAUAUAUAG